GGAGCAUCCAGACUUAUUACUGUACUAAGACAUUUAUUAAGGUUUUCACAGCCGUCCAGCUACUGCUGCGUUUUGACCGUGUUUGCGUGUGCAUGUGUGCUGCUUGGAAUAGCCAAGCCAUGUGAUUCCUCCAUAUUCUAUUUCAGAACGGUGGCCGUCAAAUGCUCUGCACUCAAGCACAGCAGCUUGAAGGAUAGUUAACAAAUACGUCGUGUAAUCCCUGUAUCUGCCAUCGUUUCUUUCAAACUUUUCCAGGUGAAGUGGAUCUGUAGGUGGUUUCUAGGUGUACGUAACCUCUCCCCCUCUCCCCGUGACCUCUGAAUCCCCGUGGACCCUCUCCCCCUCCCCUCCCUCCCUCCCCUGAGGCCAGACUGUGAUCCAUGGCGCUGGAGAAGCUUCUGCGUUUUGGGAAGAAGUUGCUGAGGGUGAAGGUGGUGAACUGUAAUACAGAGGACUCCCGUCUGUCCCGAUGUCUCAACACUUUUGAUCUGGUGGCCCUGGGCGUGGGCAGCACACUGGGCGCUGGCGUCUAUGUGCUAGCCGGGGCUGUUGCACGAGAGAAUUCAGGUCCUGCUAUUGUGCUGUCUUUCCUGAUAGCAGCAUUAGCCUCAGUGCUGGCUGGUCUGUGCUAUGCUGAGUUUGGAGCCCGUGUUCCCAAGACAGGCUCAGCUUAUCUUUACUCCUACGUGACUGUAGGGGAGCUCUGGGCUUUCAUCACUGGAUGGAACCUCAUCCUCUCCUACAUCAUUGGUACCUCCAGUGUGGCCCGUGCGUGGAGCGCCACCUUUGAUGAGUUGGUAGGGAAACGCAUAGAGCAUUUCUGCAGGGAGUACAUGUCAAUGGAUGCGCCUGGUAUAUUGGCAGAGUACCCUGACAUGUUUGCUGUUCUCAUCAUAAUCACCCUCACAGGUCUGCUGGCAUUUGGGGUCAAAGAGUCAGCAAUGGUGAACAAGGUUUUUACAUGUAUCAACAUCCUAGUCCUGUUAUUCAUGGUGGUCUCUGGGCUGGUCAAGGGUACUUUGAAGAACUGGCAGCUAGACCCUGAAGAAAUCCUACACACCAAUUACACCAGUAACUCCAGCGUCAAUCUGACAGACAACCUGCCAAGCAAAGAGAGCUUAGGAGUGGGCGGCUUCAUGCCAUUUGGCUUCACAGGUGUCCUGUCAGGAGCUGCUACCUGCUUCUAUGCCUUUGUCGGAUUUGACUGCAUCGCCACCACAGGUGAAGAGGUGAAGAACCCCCAAAGAGCCAUCCCUAUCGGCAUCGUAUCGUCACUGCUCAUCUGCUUCGUAGCGUACUUUGGUGUGUCUGCUGCCCUCACCCUCAUGAUGCCGUACUACCUGCUUGACAGCAACAGCCCUCUGCCUGUAGCUUUUAAAUAUGUGGGCUGGGGAGGAGCCAAAUACGCUGUAGCUGUAGGCUCUCUGUGUGCUCUAUCUACAAGCCUGCUGGGUGCUAUGUUCCCCAUGCCCCGUGUGAUCUGGGCUAUGGCUGACGAUGGGCUGCUUUUCAAGUUCAUGGCCGAGAUCAGCCCCCGCAACAAAACCCCGCUAAUAGCAACCCUCACCUCUGGCAUAGGGGCAGCUAUCAUGGCUUUUCUGUUCGACUUGAAGGACCUGGUAGACCUGAUGUCAAUAGGGACCCUGCUGGCCUACACAUUAGUGGCUGCCUGUGUCUUGGUUCUCAGGUACCAGCCGGAGCAGCCCAGUCUCAUGUACCACAUGGCCAAUACCCAGGAGGAGGGGGAGCUGAGCGACAGUAUCAGUGUCCCCAGUAUGGGUAUCCUGCCUGGUGUGGAGGAAAGAUUUAGCUUCAAGACCCUGCUAUCCCCUGACAACCCUGAGCCAUCCACACUGUCAGGCUUUACCGUCAACAUCUGUGCCUCUGUCAUGGGAAUGUUGAUCCUGGCGUUCAGUGUACUGGCAGUGCAGGGAGGCACUGCCAUGUGGAACAUUAUAGCCCUCAGCAUCAUCUCCAUGGUGUGUCUCCUCCUCACCUUCAUCAUCUGGAGACAACCUGAGAGCAAGACAAAGCUCUCUUUCAAGGUUCCAAUGCUGCCCUUCAUUCCAGUGAUCAGCAUGUUUGUCAAUGUCUACCUGAUGAUGCAGUUGGACAGAGGCACUUGGAUACGAUUUUCAGUUUGGAUGGCUAUAGGUUUAGUGAUCUACUUCUGCUAUGGUAUUCGCCACAGCGCCGAGGCCGCCACAGCCCGCUCGUCCCCAGACACGGAGAUGAUCGGUUUCAAGCAUGACCAGGAAUUAGAAGCCAUGUCCCCAGAGAAGGAGGCCUUCCUUCACAAUGGAAUCGAUGAGGACGGUGGAAAUUUGUAGGCAGCAUUAGAACAUACUGCAUACAUCUCAACCUCCCCUAAAGCCAGUCUGUCUGUGUAAGAAUGUUCCUGACAAGACAAUUCCCAGUCCCUCACUGGCAGUACUCCUUGUUGGGGAAAAUAAUGAUAAGCAACUUUGACCUAAAAUACACAGACCUGUGACAUUCCCCUUCAGCUGCUGGGUAGAACACAGACAACUGGUGAUAAUACUGAUAAAACAGAACUUCUAAAGCCCUAAUUGACAUGUUCUAUUAUUUCUGUAUUGUUACCCCUUGUGCUUGGCCUUGAGGUUUAACUGUUUAUCGCUUGGCUGUCUGACAGGGGAGGGUUCGUGUUGGAGACAUGAAACAUGUCAGUGUUUCAGGGAGGCUGAAACACUGGGAAACCGUAAUAUUUGUUUCUCUUCAUGUUGGGUCAAUGUUACUUCUUUGGAGAGUGUCUGGGUUACAUUGCCGGCAGUAGUACUAUGUGACAAUGUUAUCGUGUUGGUGCCAGAAAAUUCUGCAGUAAUACGUUUUUGUGUCUUUUUUUCUGUUAAAACAUAAUAAUUACUGUAUAGAUCUACAUAAUUCUGAAAAUCAGAUAACACAUGUCAGUAUUCGAUACAGAUUGGUACCAGUAGCUACGUUCUCUUAAACUUGAUAAACUCUUAUGUAACAGAAAUGCUGCUCCAACAGUCCUCGGUGACAAGUGGGAACUUGCACAAUACACACUGCAGCAAUCUUGGAUUGUCAAUGAUGUAAUUACCAACUUGACCACCAGCAGAAAGGGUUAGUUAGAGCAAUGGCUGCACGUAUAAGUGACUAUCAGGAAGCUCUAACUUACACUUUCCAUGUGACUGGCACCCUGUUGUGGUUAUACAGUAUUUAAUUAAUGCAGGGAUAUGUCUUAGCAAGAAGCAGUCAUGAACAAAAGUAAGCCAGUGAGAGUUGUUAAAACACACUCAGGCAUAGACACUGGCAGUCGCUGAAUGCCAGCUAAUGUCAUGUAACAUAAGUAGUGAUUUUCACAGUGCUGGCUGCUGUGUCUUUUUGCAUCUGUAGCUUGUAACUUUUAGUUUCUCUUCUCAAAAAAUGAUUAAGGCCGACCUUUUUUUAAUGUUCAAUUUGGAUUAAUGUAUUUGUUCUCAAUUUAUUUUACACCUUUUUUCUCAUGUUUAUUAAUGUCUUUUUAUUACCCACUUCCUAAAACAAGAUCAUUUUUCAGAUUAUGAAUCUAAUUCAAACUUAAUAUUUACAAUUAAGUUAAAGAAAGAAUUUGAUCAGGUAGAAUUAGGCAUGAUUUCUCUUUUCAUAAACUUAAAAGAAUACUCCAUCAAUUUAGCAUUGCACUAUGCUAGUGACUCAUGGUGGACAGUUUUAAGAAAAAGGAUCAAAACCAAUGCAGCAGAUCAAGAGACAUUUUUUUAAUCCCAUUCACUCUUUUUCCUUGUCAAUACCUGGUGCCUUCAUUACCCACAAUGCAACUCAACCACAAAUAGUUGAGUUGGAGAUUUGGGUUAUAUGAGUAGCAGCUGACAAAGGCUCAAGCCCCUAGCCUCAAGCAGUAUGAGGUGGGGAGUAACUCUACAGAGUUCAGUUAAGCACACUUCUUUCUAGUCCCACCCCACCAGAUUUUUUUUCUCUGUCAAACGUUUAGUCUUCAGACCCAACCAACACUGACUCAAGUGAUAUCACAUGAGGCAAUUUAGAUGUUGCUCCGCUCCCUCUGGAGCCACAAAAUGCUUUAUGAGACUUGUUGUGCAGUAGAGCUCCGCAAGACCAUGAACAGACUCUGAUCUGUAAAGUCGGUGGAGUUCCCCUUCAACAAAGGGUAAAUCAUUUAAAUGAAGACUUAUUCAUUGAUUAAUACAAAUCAUAUCAUUAAUAUCAUUGACAUGUCAUCAGCAUUCUCAUUAGUUUUAACCCUUAAGUGCUUUCACUGUGGUUUUGGGGGUCCUUUACAAUAAAGUACAUGUGUAAUCAUGUGUAUAUAAAAUGCUGUGUAUAUUUCUUGCAGUAAAUUAUUUGUAAAUUGGAGAAAAGAUUUUUUGUUAUUUUGACAGCGUAAUGGCUUUUGUGCAUACGUAAGAGCAUCUGUCUUUAGGUUCUCUGGCUUCAUUGCUCUAUUUGUGUUCACUAUAUUGUGUUUACAUAAUCGGUGUAACUGAAACGUUGUAUUCUCAGGGUUGGCAAAAUCACUGCCUUCACCUUCUCUUGUCCUGUGGUUGAUCUAACCAGUACUGUAAUGCCUUAUUAACAAAUCAAUACUCUGUGACAUCACAGUACUACUUCAAGUAGUAUUUUAAUCAACUAUACGUGACCAACCCUUCCAGGGUUUUCGGUCAUGUACUUUAAAAAAUAGCAUACCAGUUACAUUUAGCACAUUUAUUACAUUUAUUUGUUUCAUAGACAGGCGACCUGUUCAGGGUGUACCCUGCCUCUCGCCCAAAUUCGGGUGGGGUUGGCUCCAGGCCCCACACGUCACCCUUAAGCAGAUAAUCGGUAUGGAUAAUGGAUGGAUGGAUGUAUUUGUUUCAAAGAAAUCAAACUCUUCACAGACAUGAACACUUGUUGAAACAUAGCAAUUCUCAUUUACACUCAACUGAUUCAUGUUUUAGCUUAUUGUCUCCUUGUCAGUUGUGAACAUUCAUUGUGGUAUUUGUUUGUUUGUUUUGUUUUUUUUUUCUCCAUGACAUUUACAUUUGAUUUUCUGUUGAAUUAACACAAAGGGAUUCAUGUGCAUCUUCUGGUAAAAGUGGUACUUGUUGUUCCUACAUGUUGUGCCAAACCUCGGUGUUUACUUCUGAAAUAAAUUUGAUGUAUAUAAAUA